GCAGGGCGGGGCGACGCCGCGCAGCAGCAGCAGCAGCAGCAUCAGCUUCAUCACCGCUGACCGACACCGACCUCCUGCUCGUCUCCAGGCCGCGGCGUGGACGCCGGAGCCCGGCCUGAUUCCUCUCAACCACCGCAGGUCCGGGUUCGAGCUGCGAAACGCACUACAGGUGAUGAUAACAACGACAGUGACGAAGAGGCUGAUGAAGGUGAUGGCGUGCAGUUAGGAGCUGCGGAGCGGCAACGAAGCGCAAACUGAAUCCGUGCGCUGAGCGGGAGCAUCGCGCUCCGAUGCAGCAGAAAAAUCGCCAUUGUUUGGAUGCGCAGCAGACUGAGAGGACAAACCCGGAGCACAGAGACGCUGUUUGACACGGAGACACUAUGCUGCUUUCCCCGCUGCUUCUGACGCUGGGGCUGCUCUGCUUUACCCCGAGCGUGUCGGCGUUCCAGUUGUCGGUAAACGAUGACGGACUGAUUGUGGUGGCGCUCGAGAGUUCGGACCUGCAGGAGAACGCCACAGCGUACGCCGCUCAGAUCUCCGGAGAGCCUCGACCGAUCCUGGUUCAGUUUGUGAACACCAGUGAGCCUCUGCUGUUCAACACGUCAUAUCAUGGUCUCUGCUACACUGUGGGGCUACUGGUUAAACUGGGACAGAGCUGGUCCAGACCUGUCAAGACUGUGUCUGUGCUCACACAGCCACUUCCUGUCCGCAGUGUCCACAUAUCGGACUAUAAGGAGUCUCCAGAGACAGGCGUGGUGUUUGAAAUCGAGCCUCCGGCCGGAAACAUCUUCAGCAGAGUCAACAUCAGCUACACAGAGGGACAGGAGCGACGGUCGAUGCUCUAUAAAGAUUUCUACAAAGGGAAGACGGUGUUCAAACACUGGUUACCAGGCAUGUGUUACCGUAACAUCACCUUCCAGCUGAUCUCCGAGGCCACAGUGUACCAGACUGCUCUGGUGACACAGAGUGACAUCACACACACACCUGUGCACCACAGGACAGUGCCCUACCCGCCCCUCAACAUUUCCCAUAAGAUCGUCCACCUGAGCCAGAGGGAGCUGCCAGGUGGAGCCCCUGACACGCUCCCUCCUGAGGGGAGUGAGGAGAGCCAGCGAGCCUCCCGUCGAGCCAGGGACGUCCCUCUGAUGGAGGAGCAGGAGGAGGAGGAGGAGGAGGUGCACACUGAGGAAGAGAACACUGAGGAGGAGGUGGUGGGAGCUGUCACUCGGGCUCCCUUCAGCCCAAUACACAACACGACAGGCACCAACGCUGUGAACCAGACGACAGAGACUCAGAGCUACUGGCUGGACCCGACUGAUGCAGCUCCUUCAGAUCGGGAGGAGGAGUUCGUUAACGCUGUGGUGUCGGAGUAUGAAGACUCCAAUGAGCCCGGCUCAGCUAUGGGUCUCCCCGCUGAGGCCGCCAUCCUGCCCACCAAACUGCCCCCCAUCCUGCUGGAGCUGCGCUGGCUGCCGCCCAGACCCCCGACCAGCUAUGAUGGCUUCAACAUCUACAUCUACAGAGACGGUAACUCCACGGAAACGGCCACCGUGGAUGAAAACACUCACGAGUUCUUCACCGAGUUAACGGAGCCAGGAACGUACCGAGUCCAGGUCACCACUCUCAGCUCGUCUGGAGACUGUGAGGCCCGAGAGAGCACCGCCGACACCGGCUUCACCUUCUACCUCAGUCCUGGUGGUGAGCUGCUGGAGGAGCUCCGCGAGCGUCCUCAGGCCGUCAGCGUCAGACUGCUGGACUCCAGCACCGCCGCCGUCUCCUGGGCUCCGUCCUCUGAGAACCACAACGGCAGCCUGGUGUCAGUGGUUUCCACCACCUGCCUCAGACCGAGUCUCAGCCAGAGGAUGGAGAACACGUACUGCAGCGAGGAAAACACCACGAGUGACAUCAUCACUAACCUGAUGCCUGGGGCUCAGUACAGAGUGGUGGUCUAUCACACCAACGGACCCCUGAUGAGUCCUCCGUCUGAACCCGUCAUCAUCGAUAUAGAGCCCACAGGUGUGCUGGAGCUGGCUGUUUACCCUCUGAGUCCGACAGCAGUGAUCCUAAGCUGGCAGCGUCCGUACCACGUCGCCUUCAGGAAGUACGUCCUGCAGACCUUCUUCUUCAACCCCGUCACGCUGGCAUCAGAGUGGACCACCUACUACGAGAUCGCCGCCACCGCCUCCGUCAUCGCCUCCGUGAGAGUGACGGAUCUGCUGCCGGCCUGGUAUUAUAAUUUCCGUGUUUCCAUGGUGACGUGGGGCGACCCGCCGCUCAGCUGCUGCGACAGCUCAACUGUCAGCUUCGUAACAGCUCCUGAGGCUCCUCACAUCUCCUCGGUGGAUUACUCUCAUGGCGUCCUGUAUGUUCGCUGGACGUACGGCGAGCUCUUCAUCGACCUCUCACAUUCCAGGAUGCUUCAUUGGCAGGUGGUCGCCGUCGGCAAGAAAGGACCAGAGAGGAGCUACUCCAUCGACGUGACUCGUAACGUGAUGCGUGCCAGCCUCCCUCUGCCUCCAGGGGACAUCUACAACCUGACAGUGACGGCCUGCACUGUACGCAGCAGGAACACCUCCAUGCCAAACAUCAUCAAACUAGAGCCGGCUGCUCCCAGGGCUCUGUACGCUGUGAAUGCCACCCACUCAGCUGUGACUCUGCUGUGGACCGAGGAAGGAGUGGUCGACUACUACCAGGUCCUCUGUAAACCCAACAAAGCCAGCAAGGAGCUCAAGGCCCGCGAGCCUCAGACAGCCAACUCUCACGUGGUGACCGUGUCCGGUUUGAUGCCCUCAUCCACCUACAACUGCACUGUCACCAGUUUCAGCUACAGCACGCCCAGCAAGCCCGCACAUAUCACCAUCAGCACCGCGGCUAAAGAGAUGAACCCGAGCGUAGCAGCGAUCUCGGCUCUGGCCGUCCUCAGCAUCCUCCUCAUCAGCCUGCUGGUUCUGUUCCUGCUGGUUCUUCGUAAGAAACACCUGCAGAUGACCAGAGAGUGCGGCGCAGAGACUUUCGUCAACUUCGCCUCAUUUGAAAGAGACGGAAAGCUUCCCUAUAACUGGCGAAGAAGCCUCUUUGCCUUCCUUACCCUACUGCCAUCCUGCCUUUGGACUGACUAUCUUUUGGCUUUUUAUAUUAAUCCUUGGAGCAAGACAGCUUUAAAGAAACGGAAGCUAACAAGUCCCGUGCAGCUGGAUGACUUUGACGCCUUCUUCAAAGAAAUGAGCAAAGACUCGGCCUACAAGUUCUCUCUGCAGUUUGAGGAGCUGAAGAGUGUCGGCCUGGAUCUUUCCCACGAUGCAGCGGACCUGCCCGUCAACAGGCCGAAGAACAGAUACACAAACAUCCUCCCCUACGACUUCAGUCGGGUGAAGCUGAUCUCGAUGCACAACGACGAAGGUUCAGACUACAUCAACGCCAACUACAUACCUGGCUACAAACACAGUAAAGAGUACAUCGCCACUCAGGGUCCACUGCCUGAAACUCGCAACGAUUUCUGGAAGAUGGUUCUGCAGCAGAAAUCUCCGAUCAUCGUCAUGCUGACUCAGUGUAACGAGCGACGGAGGGUGAAGUGUGAUCACUACUGGCCAUUCACAGAUGAGCCUGUGAUGUACGGAGAGAUCAGUGUGGAGAUGCUCUCUGAAACCGAGUCUCCAGAGUGGACCAUCAGGAAGUUCAGACUGGGAUACGCUGAUGAGAGUCAGGACGUGCUCCACCUGAACUACACCUCAUGGCCGGAUCAUGGCGUCCCCACGGUCAACGCCAUCGAAAGCAUCCUGCAGUUCGUCCACAUUGUCCGUCAGCAGGCCAACAGGACCAAAGACCCUAUCAUCGUCCACUGCAGUGCUGGAGUCGGCCGGACGGGGACGUUCAUCGCUCUGGACCGUCUGAUGCAGCACAUCAGAGAACACGAGUUUGCAGAUAUCCUGGGGAUGGUGUCCGAGAUGCGAUCACACCGUCUGUCUAUGGUCCAGACUGAGGAGCAGUACGUGUUCAUCCAUCAGUGCGUCCUGUUGAUGUGGCAGAAGAAGAAGCAGCAGUCCAUCACAUCUGAUGUCAUCUAUGAGAACGCUAGCAAGACAUAAUGAUGGAGGCUCCUCCAGACGCUGUGAACACACCCAGCCUCCUGUGCUUCAGGCAUCCAUUCUCUGCAGAAGAAGAUCCGCGUCAUCAUCAGUGUCAAAAAACAAAACAGCGGAACAUCUUGACAAAAAAAAUAGAAUCCAGUUUUUUGUUUGAAUUGGUGUUAAAGCAUGGGAUGGAGUUUUGCCUUAAGGAGCCUUCACUGACUGACCAACAUGUUGAACCACAACCCUGCCCUCUGAACUGGACUGACUCAUGUCAACAUGGGGUGGGAGGAGUCGGAGGUUAACGCGCUCCGACCUGUGAUUGGAUGUCUACACUGUGUCCGUCCUCAUUGAGGCGACGUGUUGGUGUAACUGAGUCAGCAGUUUUUCAUUUUAUUUCUUUUUUAAUCUCAGGAGUAGCUGAAAAACCAGCAAGCACACUGGCCUCUUCCUCCACUUCGAAAGUAAUUUAUCAUCGGUUAGUUUUAGUUUUUUGCAUCAUUGAUAGUGUUCACCGUCCUGCAGAGUGCAGCUUUCCUGGCUUUUUGCAACGUCAGAGUUGAAGGCGGUAGAUUUCAACGUUACUCACUGCCAAACAAACCAAACAUGGGACUGUAACGUGUUGAUUGAUAAAAAUAUCAACUGCUCUAACAUGCUAACCAACUGCCAGGACUGCUGCACAGAUUAUACUCACUGAGAGAACCCAGCAAGCAUUCGACGAAGAGUAAAGGUCUGGAAAAUGAGCACAACACUUUGUCAUGUUGAAGUAGAUUUUUAAUUGAGUUUUUUAAAUUAAACACUAAACAUGGAUCGUGCUUGGAGGAGCCUUCCAAACGUAAUGGUGUAUCUGUCCUGGUCAAAAUUGUCAAACAUUGGUAAAAAUUAUUUGUCGUCGUUGGACAUCUGUGAAAAAUUAGGAACAUUUUUGCUGCAGUUUGAACGAGCUGAACGUUCCAGACUUUAGAAAUGGUUUUAUCAGAAAAGUAUUUGGUACCGAUUUCUAGAAAUGCUACUCGAAUGCCUCCGAACUUUUUUAUCCCGUCCGUUGGAUCGACCACUAAACGUCUGAAUGUUUGCUGGGUCUGCACAAGAACUAAAGGGCACAAACAGUUGAAGGGAACGAACGCCUUUCUGUGGAAACACGAGCGCCUCAUGCUGCCGUCCCGUUGCUGUCGGGCGUGUUGGAGGCCAGUUUAGAGACUGUGGUUGUAGAGCUGUAGUUUGUAUUUGCACUGAGGCCUCGGAGCUGCCUGACCUGCUGACAGAAGAAGGGAAGACUUUCUGCUGCUGCUUCCUGCUGUGGAGGACUAACUGCAGCCGUGCCGCUCGAUAUUCGUCCUGUCCUGUGGGCUCUUCUAACAGAGGAUCUCGAUCUGAAGACGUAGAAUUAACUUUAGACUACCGGAGAUGUUUUUAACCCUCUGAGGAUCACGAUCUCAUCGGCUGCAACAAUCCUGUUUGGAAACAAACAAAUGGAUCAUAUCAGACUGAGACAGAAGACAGAAGACAGAGACAUUGCUCAGUCGAACUGCCAAAACUACUACAAAGUUUUAUUAAGACCUGAUGUUGAGUUUCCCUUUCUGUUGAUGAAUUUGGGAAAUGACAGAAACAUAUCUUUGGGUCGGACCGAGCCUUUCUGAGCCUCCUGGCACAAUUUGAAUAUCUUUAAUCCAUCAGAUUACCAACUUAUAAAAGUGCAACUGUUCUCUAGAACUCAUGACAAUAAAACUAAAUAUUGACCCAAAACAUAUCUGUCAUUCUAGAAAGCGCAAAUAUAAAACACACAAAAAAUGUUACAUUCCCUGCUUUUGUUGUCGUCUGUUGCCCCAAACUUUGGAAUAGUGCCCCAAAUACUAAACUUUGAUAUUACAUUAUUUUGAUUCUUCUAUUAAUCCUUAAAUGUUGGAUUCCUUAACAAUGUUUUUGUUAUCUUCUUAUUUGGCACAAAGCCCUGAAAAGUUUCAGGUUAUAAAACAUUCUAAACAUUUUUUAUGUCAAUUCCAAAAUUUGGUAAAGAACCACAACUUUAUAACAUAUUGUAUUGUGCCCCCUAGAGUGGCCACAAAUACCCUAACGCGAGUGCUCGCAGUAAAAUGGUAAGAGUCCCAUAAUUUAGCAAAAUGCAACAAAAAGUUUUAAGCGUCAGAUUGGGUUCUGCAAAAUUUUGUUUUAAUAUAAUUAAUUAUAUAUGACCAAAUAUUGUUUAUUGUCACAUUUGGUAUGGCAUUUACAAUUUAAAAAUUGGUAUAAUGUCCCAAAAUAUUGUGUAGCACCCCUAAAAUUUGUUAUGGUUACAAAAUGUUUCACUUAAAGUUACUAAUGGCAAAUUUGGUAUUGCAAAAUUUUGUUUUAAUGGCAAAAUUAGAUAUGACCAAAUUUUGUUUACAACAGACACAUUUGGUAUUGCAUUUACAAUUUGUUUAAAUUUGCAUUGUGCCCCCUAAAUUUGAUAUGAUUAAAAAAAAUUGUAUAAUAGCCACAAAUGCCCUAAUGUGUGCUCGCAGUAAAAUGGUAAGAGUCUCAAAAUUUGGCAUAAUGCCACAAAAAGUUGUAAGUGUCAACUUUGGUAUUGCAAAAUUUUGUUUCAAUUGCAAAAUUUUGUUUACAACAGACACAUUUGGUGUUGCAUUUACCAUUUGUUUUAAUUUUAAAAAUUUGGUAUAAUGUCCCAAAAUAUUGUGUAGCGCCCCUAAAAUUUGCCAUGGUUACAAAAUGUUAUUCAGCACCACCAAAAGUUAUUAAUGCCAGAUUCCCAGUAUUUGGUGCACUCCCAUUUGUGUUUGGGGAUAAUACCACACCUAGAUGCUAGAGAGGAUUCUCUGGAAUUUAGAAAUCCUUCGGGUCUUGUAACAAAAUCAGUGAGUUUUGAAAUAAAUUUUAGAAAAGUAGUUCUGAUGUUGAAAACGAACAGUUAAGCUUCAUGUUUCGGUUGUUUUGGGGCCUGAAUCUUGGCUCAGUUCGAUCUUGGCUCGGGCCGACUGAAUAUCUCCGUCUUAACACAUGAAUACUGUACAGAAAAUUGUUAUCAAGCCAUUUUCUGAUGCAUCAGUCUGUUAUCAGAUCAACUUAUUUACAAUUAUUUAGUCAUUUUCCAUCUUUCUAUCGAACAUUUGAAUUGAAGGGCAAAAGAAACUCCACAUUUCUCACUUCCUUGAUGACUGUAGAGAAUGUCUACUAAACAGAUGAGAGUGGUCGACCUCAUUCAACCCAAAGUUUUACACUCCAUUCAGGAUGUACAGGGUGUCGUCAAAAUACGAGGGGAGAGUUGAGUGGCUUCUCUUUUUGGGUCUCCACAGAGGAGAUAGUGAUGACGGUCCAAUACGAGAUUACAUCUGAUUUUAUAACAUUUACUGUCAACAAUCCUCUUCCAAUCAAAAUCACUUCAGUGGUCUGUUCUUUCCUCACAACUUCUCAAGAAAAACUUUUAGCCAAUUAAAGGUUUCUUGAUAGAUUUUUUUGUGCGUUGUGCAAAUGUUAAUUGGGGGUGGGAAUCGCCAGAGGAUCCACGAUACGAUAUUAUGAUACUUAAGUCACGAUACAAUAUUAUUGCGAUUUUAAAUAUGUUGUGGUAUGCUGGUUAUUGUGAUAAAAUAUAUUGCGAUAGAUUACCUUUUUCCAACUGUAAAUUAUGUCCCCAAAGGAAAACUUUGUCAACAUCGUUUUCAUUUAAUAAGAUAAAAUUUUAAGUCUGUUCACGUCACUUCAGCCAUUUUUUUGUAUUUGCGGGAAAAUGUAUCUGGUGGACUGAAAAAGCAAUUUAUUAUAUUAUUCUGUUAGGCUACUAAAGGUUAAUUUGUAUUUGUGAUAUUUAUAAUUAUUUAAUUUAAAAAAAUAAAUAAAUCAAUAUUUGGCAUUGUGUGACGAUAUGAUAUUUCCACACAAAAAUAUUGCAAUACUAUGAUGUAUCGAUUUUUAUACAUAUCAUUACAGAUUGUUACAAAAAGUUUUUGUGUAGUUUAAAUAUUUUAAUAAGCUAAAAUUUGUUUAAUCUUGUUUAACAACCUCACAUGAAAUUUGGCUGAAUGGGGGAAAAAAAUCAAAGUAUAAAAAUUAGCAACAUAAAGAUUUCAAUUAAUAACUAAACUAAGAAUUGACCAAUCAGACCAAAUAAUUAAAGAAAAAGUUUACAAUGAGUGUUGUUCCCCCAAAAAACAUAUGGCCACAAAAAAGCACCUCAAAUAUUAAAAUUUAAGAAAAGAAAAGCCACUUCUAACUGCUGUUUGUGUUAUUUUGACCACACCUUGUAUCCAAUUUGUAAAAAAAUAAAUAAAUAAAAAUUACAAA